AGCCCUCCACUAGCAUCACCAUUCAAGAACGACCGACUUCCUUUAUUUCCAUUUUUCUCCAUUCCCGGUUUUUCCAUUUUUAUCGUACAACGCUGGAAGGUGAUCCACGGAAUUCGUGAAUCAGCCGCGAUGACUUCACUAACGGAAGUGUCGAGGAGUCCCAAUUAAAAUAACUUAAGACUACGUAGCCGCGACGAGCGCGACUUCGCCCCCUCCGCUGUUAGAUCCGGCGGAAUUAAUUAAUUAAUUAAUUACCAGCGCAGGGAGGAAAAUAAAGACCUAGAAAAGGUCCCUAUUAACCCCGUGAAAUCGCGACCUCCCUCGGCAGCAGGGUCGGAGGUCGUCGGCGAGGAUAAGGCGCUCCAGAAUUCGAGAAUUCCGGAACACGAGCUCGACACCUUCCUCGACUCGGUCGAAGCCACUACGGUCUCUUUCUCGGUAGGUAUUAUAGUCGCAGGCAUAUGUACGUAAUUCCGCUUCAUUAGUAUUUCCAUCGAAGGAGGGCCUAUUAUAUUCCCGGGUUUGCGUUCCCAUUUUUAUUCCGAUCCCUCAGAGUCUCUCAUGCCGGCGCUUAUGCUAAUGCGACGAGUACACACUUCCAAUGCGACGAGCUGGCGGUAUCAAAAGGGGCCACGUCCCAGGGAAAGGCUCCCGGGGCUCGAUUCCAUCCCAUUUCUCAAGUUGGGUCCGUUUCCCUGGUCCCGAAAGGAGCGUCGCGACGCCUACGAUUCUGAACGAGGGCCACGAAUUCUGAGGCGCGACGCCCCGUGGGGCCUCCUUGAUGAGAGCCCCUGCGCGCGGAACACCUGAACGCUCGGUAAACGGAUAAAAUUAACAUUAAUAACGUCUGCCGGCAUCCGAUCUACAUCUCGCCCGAGAAGUCGUUCGUGACACCUCCCUCGGGCCUGGUUGCGGAGAAGACCUCGCAUCGUCGUCCCAGGGUUUCGGGCCCUGGUCCCCGAGGUCGACAUGGACGCCCCAUUCCCCAGGACGGAGACACCCUGUCGCGUGUUGCAGACCGACAACGAGAGCGCCGAGGACGACUACGGAUGUCCAGCUCCGGUUUUGCUGGACCUGGACGAGAACAAGCAACGCCACGGGGAUCAUCGCGGGACCCUCGAGGGACCCGAUCGGUUCGCCGGAGAACUCGUCGAGAGUGACGGUACGUGGGGAUGUUUCCUUCCUAAGCUGCGAUAGCAAUACGACGAGCCGGCUAUUUCAUCGGCUCGAGUUCCUCGAAUUUAACGUAACUCGAGGCGAUUCGUGCAUAACGAGGUGAAAUAUCUGACUCGUCGCAUCCCUAAUCGACCCCUGGACGUGUUUCAGGUCCUCGAGGAUCUCCAGGUCACGGGCCGUCCGCGCGGUCCCCCGGGUGGCGAGCCCCUGAGACCACCGGGG